GAGUGGCAGUCUGGUUCGCAGCCACGAUGGGUGCAGUACGGCUUUUUGUGGUCGUCCUUCUUUUUGGGACAAGGAUACAAGAAAAUAAUGGCCUUCAGUGUUACUGUGACCGCUGCAGCACCAACUCCAGCUGCACGACAGACGGUAUCUGCUUUGUAGCCAUCCAAAAGUCAGGCAGCCGGAUGACCAUUGAGCAGCGCCAGUGUGUGCACAAUCGUGACUUGAUCCCACGAGACCGACCCUUCAUCUGUGCCCCAUCUACCAAAGAUGACAGUGGCAUUUACCCACUGUGCUGUACCACAGACUACUGCAACAAAGAGCCAGUGACCCCCACUGGCCCCACAGCGACCCCUUCUCCUCUGGGGGCGGUGGCCCUCGCUGCUGUCAUUGCUGGCCCUGUAUGUGUCCUCUGCUUGCUGCUGGUUUUGGCGUUCUACGUUUGCCACAGCCACAGAGGCCUGGGCGCCGGGGGAGCCGGGGCCCACCACCACCAUCGGGUGCCUAAUGAGGAAGACCCCUCCAUGGACCACCCUUUCAUCACUGUGGGAACAACACUGAAGGACCUAAUCUAUGACAUGACCACUUCAGGCUCUGGAUCAGGUCUCCCACUGCUGGUCCAAAGAACAAUUGCCAGAACUAUCAUCCUCCAGGAAAGCAUUGGGAAGGGGCGUUUUGGUGAGGUGUGGCGCGGCAAAUGGCGCGGCGAGGAGGUGGCUGUCAAGAUUUUCUCUUCCCGAGAGGAGCGCUCCUGGUUCCGUGAGGCUGAGAUCUACCAGACUGUGAUGCUGAGACAUGAGAAUAUCCUGGGCUUCAUUGCUGCUGACAACAAAGAUAAUGGAACGUGGACUCAGCUGUGGCUGGUGUCGGACUACCAUGAGCACGGAUCGCUGUUCGACUACCUGAACCGCUACACGGUCACAGUGGAGGGCAUGAUCAAACUGUCUCUGUCAACAGCCAGCGGCCUCGCCCACCUUCACAUGGAGAUCGUUGGCACGCAAGGGAAGCCAGCUAUUGCCCACAGAGACCUGAAGUCCAAGAACAUCCUGGUGAAGAAAAACGGGACAUGCUGCAUCGCUGACCUGGGUCUGGCUGUGCGGCACGACUCCGCCACCGACACCAUCGACAUCGCUCCGAACCACAGAGUAGGGACCAAAAGGUAUAUGGCUCCAGAGGUUCUGGACGACUCCAUAAACAUGAAGCAUUUUGAGUCUUUCAAACGAGCUGACAUCUACGCCAUGGGCCUCGUCUUCUGGGAGAUUGCCAGUCGCUGCUCCAUGGGAGGCAUUCACGAGGACUACCAGCUGCCCUACUACGACCUGGUCCAGUCAGAUCCAUCAGUGGAGGAGAUGAGAAGGGUGGUUUGUGAGCAGAAGCUUCGGCCCAACAUCCCCAACCGCUGGCAGAGCUGUGAGGCCUUACGGGUGAUGGCAAAGAUCAUGAGGGAGUGCUGGUACGCCAACGGAGCUGCACGACUCACUGCUCUGCGAAUCAAGAAAACGCUGUCUCAGCUCAGCCAACAGGAGGGGAUCAAGAUGUAGAAACAACUACCACGCCCACACACACCCCCACACGCCCACGCACACGCCCACACACACGCCCACACACACGCCCACACACACGCCCA